UGUCAGUUUUCAACAUUUUGCAGUUGGAAUAGUCGCCAAAUAAAUCAUUGAAGUGCGCUUAACGGUGCGUGUUAUAAAAUGAUAUAUGUAUAUUAUACAUAGAAAGCCUUUGCUAUCUAUCGCCACAGUGUAUUGGACAUAAAUCAAUUAUAUUAUAGGAAUACUGUCAUAAUUUUCGUGGGUCACUAAUUGGCACCCUUUUUAUAAUAUUCAGAAUACGGCCUAAAUAAACACUAAGUGUUUAAACAGUUAAAAGUGGCACUUAAUUCGUGCAUAACGUGUCUUUCGUCUAGUGUCGUCGGUAAAAUUUAACAUUAUAUACGGACUUUUUAAAUGUAAAGUUUGUAGGGAGCGGACACAAUUGAUAAUGUCUGCUAAACGAAGCGCAAGCCGGGUCUCGGAGUCGGGAAUGUCUCAACAGAAGAGGGCACAGUGGAGUACACAGGCUUACACGGUCGAGGACUUGUUGGCUCAGUUUAGUUUGCCACAGAUAGUGAAGUGCAACCCACAAGCUAUAAUGGUCAAGAAGGAUUCGCCAUUGCCUAUUAACCUCGGGCAACCGUUGUUACUGUUCGACUCCCGAACCGUGCGGAAGUUACUGGCUAGAAACGUCAUCACUGACCCAGUCAGCGGAAAGUUCACGGAGAAUGAUGACACGGUGGUAAUACCUAAAGAUUAUGAAGGUUUUUUUCUGCGGUUAAGGUCAAGGACAUCUAAAGAUCAUACCACUCACAAAACCAUCGACUCUCUGGCUCAUAACAAUAUCAAAGCUUUUCUAAAUCUUACCAAAAUCGCAGCUUUCAGGAUCAUAAACAGUCCAAAUGGAAUGGGCGAUUACCCCAGGGUAGAUUAUGUACCUGGAAACGUGUUCGUUAUCGAUAAUGUUUUCUCUGGAAGCGCAAAGGUGAAGCAGGACGGGAAAAUUCUUCAUCAUAAAAAUAGCAUAUCACAGCAGACGAACUAUCUAAAAUGUCGAGAUGACAAAGACAACAAUAUUGUCAUACCAGUGUCUCAAGGCGGGGAAUUCGUUGAAAUAUUACCAAACGAUCUGGAUGGAACCGGAAGAAUGUCUGUCAGGAGUGAAGAUUUGAUCGAGAAACAAAAGUUUCCGAUAAUUGUACGCUAUAUCCGUGGAAGAUUCAAACCGAGGCUUACUUCAUUCACUGGAUUGUUCACAUUACUCGAUUCUUACGAGGAAACUACCAUAUUAGGAUGUGUUCUUGACAAAUCUGGCUACACUCUGAUGGAACUUCCGUUAAGUUCACCUUUGACAUUUCAUCUCGCGCUGAACUUUACGGAACUUCAGUCACAUCCGGUUGUGAAAAAUGGUCUCCGGCUCUGUGAAACAACAGGAAGUAAUUUCGCGCGAGACUUGAAAUUCAAGUUCAAGUUUGCUCAACGAUUUCUCCAAGUAGGGGGUAAAAAAUUGCCUCUUGAUGACGGGGAUGACAUUGGAGAAUCCCCAAGUGCUAGGAACACGGGACAGUUUGGCGUGACUGCUACAUAUAUUUACAUAUAAAAACAACUUUACCUUCAAUUAUUUCAAGGUAAAAAUAAUAUGAGCAACGUCAGAUGACGUUGAUUUCUUUUAUAAUUAAAACUGAUUUAUACCCAUAUCAUUUUACAGUAUUAGUUGAAAACAUUACCUUUGUUCAAAGAAUGUUACGACUUUGACAAUGUCAAAUGAAAAAAACGCACUUAUAACCGGUUGUACAAUAAAUUGAAAGCUUUUAAAUUGCGUGUGUAUAGAGAGGUUCCAAUUGAAUUAUUUUAGUACUUUACUUUAGUAUUCAACACCCGACUAUUUGUAUAUUUCAUCAUACAUCUAAACUAUCAUGAUCAAAUGAAACACGAUUUCAGAGGGCUAGCAAACUAGAACAGCAGUAGAAAAAUGUAAAUCUGCGAAUUCUUAAAGAAAUAUAUAUAUAAUUCACUUUUUACAAAUGAUGGUUCUCAAUAUGAUGAUACUGACAAAUGAUUAUAAAUGCAAAACAAAUGUUUACACAAUAGGCUAAGAAAAUCAACGUGGUUCGGACUUGUGUUUAAUGCGAGUGUUGUCAACUGCCGUUAAACUUAGAAAUUGUCAACAUCUCUGGUAAGAACUUAUAAGAAAUGGUACUGUAGACAUAUAAUUCAGAAAACGCGUACAAUUUGAAAAGAAUGCUGAGUAGAACUUUCUGCAUGUACAUGUGUAUGUGUAAAUUAGUUAAUGUUUAGCUUCGUGUACAAGUAAUUGCCUGUCUUAAUUGAUGUAUGUGCAACUACAUGUAUAAAUUAGAUACACUACGCAGGAUGUUUUUUUUUCUAAAAUAGUGUAUCAAAUAUAUAACAGACGUACCUCCUCAGUUCUGCUGAUAAAUAUUGAAUAAUUUUAUCAACAUAACUACAUGUUAAUGUUAACUUAAGCAAGUUAAAUAAUUCACUUUUUUAAUCAUCUUUAUUUUACUUUUUUAUUACUAAUUUGCCAUGUUGCUACGCAUAGAAAUACACUGCUUGCAUGCUCCAUCUAUAUUUUUGAAAUAAAUUGUGCCCAAUCAGGUGCAAAAGAUGCUACCCAGCUAGCUUACGGGUGGUCGACCUUGGGUUCUAUACUAAAGUGCCAGGUACGUAGUACCCGAGCAUACCUGAAAUAAUCUUUGGAAAGUCACGUGAGUCAGAUAAUCACGUGAGCGUUUUGACCCAAAAUGAAGUAAUGUUCACGUAAUAUUAUAUCAAUAUAUGGGAAAGUAUU